AUGGAAGGAGAGGAUACACUAGACAAAGCUAGGAUUUUCACAACCAACCACCUUAAGACUAUCUUUAAGGAAGAAAACAUAGAUCCCAUACUCAAGGAGCAUGUAGUGCAUGCUUUAGAGAUGCCAAUGCAUUGGAGGGUGCCAAGGUUGCACACUCAUUGGUUCAUCGGAAUGUAUGAGAAGGAAGACAACAUGAAUCCUAACUUGUUAGAGUUUGCAAAAUUAGACUUCAACAUGGUUCAAAGUAUAUACCAAGGAGAACUCAAGCAAUGUUCACGGUGGUGGGCUACUCUCAAUCUUCUUGAUGGUGAUUUAAGCUUCACGAGAGACAGAUUAGUCGAAAACUACUUACUUGCUAUGGGCUAUGCACCUAAACCAAAAUUCUCCUUUUGCCGCGAGACUCUUACCCAAGUUAAUAGUCUAAUAACAACUAUAGAUGACAUUUAUGACAUCUAUGGAUCUCUUGAUGAACUUGAGCUUUUCACUUCUGCUGUUGAUAGGUGGGAUAUUAAAGACAUAGAUUGCCUCCCAAAGUACAUGAGGAAGUGUUUUUUAAGCCUCUUCAACACAACCAAUGAUAUAGCAUACAAAGUCCUCAAAAUGAGGAAUGUCAACUGCAUUCCAUAUCUAAAGAAAUCAUGGCUAGAAUUGUGCAAAGCUUAUUUGGUGGAGGCAAAUUGGGCACACAGUGAUUACAAACCAAAAAUGAAGGAGUAUUUGGAUAAUGCGUGGAUUUCAAUAGCCGCGUUUCCUAUUCUUUUCCAUUCAUUUUUUUGCAUAAGUGAAGAUAUGUCAAAGGAAGCUUUGGAAAGUCUAGAGAAUUUUCCGAAUAUAAUGCGGCAAUCAUUUCUAAUUUUUCGCCUAUGCAAUGAUCUUGGAACAUCAACUGAAGAGGUGAAUAGAGGUGAUGUCAAGAAAUCCAUCCAAUGUUACAUGCAUGAGAAAGGUGUUUGGGAGACAAUUGCCAGAGAGUACGUAAAAGAUCUUAUAAGAGAAACAUGGAAGGAACUAAAUACAAAUUUCUUUACAAUGAGUUCUCCAUUUAAUGUAUCCUUUAAUAAUUUGGCAAUGGACAUUGCACGUAUGACACAAUGCAUCUACGAAUAUGGAGAUGGGUAUGGCUUACCAGAAAAUGAGACCAAAGAUAGAGCUUUAUCACUUUUGAUUAAACCCAUUUCCCUUGGUACGAUGUAA